AGAGCGGCCACCGCCGCCAAUGGGAUUCGGGCAUCUCCGGACAGGCCCUAGAGCACUUCGGUUUUGUCCGGAAUGCGGCCCGGCAGUUCCGGCGGCGGCCGAUAAACAGCCAUUGGCCGCGCCGCGCGGGGCUGGGGUGGAAGCGUGGGCGGACAACGUCACUUCCGGAGAGUGACGGAGCGGCGGGUCAGAGGCGGCGGCAAAAUGGCGGCGCCUGAGGAACGGGAGCUGACGGCGGAACAGACCGAGAAGCUGCUGCAGUUCCAGGACUUGACUGGCAUAGAGUCCAUGGACCAAUGUCGCCACACACUGGAGCAGCACAACUGGAACAUAGAGGCAGCUGUGCAGGACCGCCUGAACGAGCAAGAGGGUGUCCCAAGUGUCUUUAAUCCUCCUCCACUGCGGCCGUUGCAGGUCAAUACAGCUGACCACAGGAUCUACAGCUACGUUGUCUCAAGGCCACAGCCAAGGGGCCUAUUAGGAUGGAGUUACUACUUCAUAAUGCUUCCAUUCCGAUUUACCUAUUACACGUUACUUGAUAUAUUUAGGUUUGCUCUGCGUUUUAUACGCCCUGAUCCUCGUAGUCGGGUCACCGACCCUGUGGGAGACAUUAUUUCAUUUAUUCAUAUGUUUGAGGAAAAAUAUGGGAGGAUACACCCUGUCUUCUACCAGGGAACUUACAGCCAGGCACUGAACGAUGCCAAGCGGGAGCUGCGCUUCCUGUUGGUUUAUCUUCAUGGAGAUGACCACCAAGACACAGAUGAGUUCUGCCGCAAUACACUGUGUGCACCUGAGGUCAUCACCCUCAUCAACACUAGAAUGCUCUUCUGGGCUUGCUCAACCAAUAAACCAGAGGGAUACAGAGUGUCCCAGGCUCUGCGGGAGAACACGUACCCGUUCCUGGCCGUGAUCAUGCUCAAGGACCGCAGGAUGACGGUGGUUGGGCGGCUGGAAGGUCUCCUCCAGGCUGACGACCUCAUCAAUCAGCUCAUGUUCAUCAUGGAUGCCAACCAGACAUACCUGGUGUCCGAGCGCCUGGAGAGGGAAGAGAGGAACCAAACCCAAGUCCUGAGGCAGCAGCAGGAUGAGGCAUAUCUGGCAUCCCUGCGUGCAGACCAGGAAAAGGAGCGCAAGAAGAAGGAGGAAAGGGAGAGGAAGAAGAAGAAGGAGGAGGAAGUGCAGCAGCAAAAACUGGCAGAGGAGAGGCGGCGGCAGACACUGCAGGAGGAGAAGGAGCGGAAGUCGGAGUGCCUCCCUCCAGAGCCACAUCCCGACGACCCCGAGAGCGUCAAGAUCAUUUUCAAGCUGCCUAACGAUUCCAGAGUGGAGCGGCGAUUCCACUUCACACAGUCACUGACGGUGAUCCACGACUUCCUGUUCUCCUUGAAAGAAAGCCCUGAGAAGUUCCAGAUUGAGGCCAACUUCCCUCGCCGUGUCCUGCCCUGCCUCCCUACAGAGGAGUGGCCCAACCCCCCCACGCUGCAGGAGGCCGGACUCAGCCACACGGAAGUCCUCUUUGUGCAGGACCUCACGGACGAUUGACACUUCUUUUUGCUUUUGUUUUUGUUUGUUUUGUUGUUUCGUUUUUUGGUUUUGUUUUGUUUGUUUUUUUGUUUUUUUUUUUUCCAGAAGACACAAAACGGAAAGAGAAAUUCAUAUUAUUAUUAUAAUACAAUAUUUUUUUUAAAAGACUGCGUACAAACGAGGGAUCAGAGACCACAUGGCCUGUGCCAGCUGUGCUGCGGGUGUGCGCUGGCGAGAGGACGCGUGCGCACGGCCAUCACCUGCAGCGGGGGGCACACGGGGGAGCUGGUGUUGCCCCUCUGCCCUCCCUGGGGAGGAACAGGAAUGGCAGCUCUUGGUAAUUAUUGCUUUUAUUGAUGACAAUAAUAAUAAAACCCCAGCAACCCAACAUCUCGUGAAGAUUUGAUACUCUGCUGCUCCUGAGAGACACAAGACCGAGCACCGGAAUGUGCUGGGAGCGGGGUGGGGGGAAAGGGCUGGACAGACUUUCUUCAGCUUCCCUCUGUGUAUAAAUACUGUUCUUUUAAUAUAUCUCUUGCUUUGUAAUGACCAAAGGAGAUUGGGGUUGACUAUAGUAUUAACUUUUUGAUAAAGAGCUGGUUCAAUUCUUACCCAUGUGGGAUCUUGCCCAGGGUUCUUAGCCUGCGUAGUGUAAUAAACUCUGC